CAGUUAAGGCACCAGUCAUCCCACGCAGAGCACCAGUUCCCUCCUGCAAGAAGAUGUUCCACCACAUUUGGGCAGCUCUGCUCUACCUCUAUGGUAUUCUUAACUCCAUCUACCAGUGCCCUGAACACAGUCAACUGACAACUCUGGGAGUGGAUGGGAAGGAGUUUCCAGAGCCCCAUCUGGGCCAGUGGUACUUUAUCGCGGGGGCAGCUCCCACUAAGAAGGAAUUGGCGACUUUUGACCCUGUGGACAACAUAGUCUUCAACAUGGCAGCUGGCUCUGUAGACAACAUAGUCUUCAACAUGGCAGCUGGCUCUACCUCGAUGCAGCUCUAUCUUCGUGCUACCAUCCGCACGAAAAGUGGGCUCUGUGUGCCCCGCGAAUGGAUCUAUCACCUGACUGAAGGGAGCACAGAUCUCAAAACUGAAGGCCACCCUGACAUGAAGACUGAGCUCUUCUCCAGCUCAUGCCCAAGUGGAAUCAUGCUGAAAGAGACUGGCCACGGUUACCAGCGCUUUCUCCUCUACAAUCGCUCACCAUACCCUCCCAAGAAGUGUGUGGAGGAAUUCCGGUCCCUGACUUCCUGCUUGGACUACAAAGCCUUCUUACUAACUCCCAGGAGUCAAGAGGCCUGUGAGCUGUCCAGUAACUGACCUGUAACUUCAUAUACACCACCCAGAUGGGUACAGUGGGAGCUCAGUUUUUGGUAGGAGAGAAACUGGAGGACCCCCCCCCCACUCCUUUUCAAGAAUAAUAAAGAUGAUUUUUCAAUCC